CUUUCUAUACUAGUUUCAUUUUUUAGUCUCAUAAUCGAAUUCGUCUCAAUGCAUUUGAGAUUCGAAGAAAAUGAAAUGCUCGAUGUACGACUAGUUCUCGAUCAGUCCUUCUGAAGUUUCUCAACAAGUUUGACUUCCCACUACAAAUUUUGCCUGAAAAAAUUUCUUUCGAUUUGCGUUGUUAGGUAUGACUAGGGUUUGUGAUUUUUUGUAUUAUUCUUUUUCAAUUGCGUGAUAACGUCCUGACAUCUAAGUUUCAUUGGGUGGCGCUUAUUUUUGGCUUCAGAAAUGAGUAUUCGAGGCAGGGGAUGAACAUCCUUSCCGAGCCAUUAUGCAGUAGUAAAGUUUUGCAUAAGACAUGCGUUUAAUUUACAAUUGAGUGAAAUUCUAGGUGCUUUUCGGAAUGAAAUUAGUUGUCCAAUCUAGCUUGAACUAUGAAAGAUUCGGUCAUUAGUCUUGUGAAUGUUCUUACCUCUUAGAUUUUGAAAAAUCAUUGUGAGUUUGUCAAUGUUGUUACAGAGCUCUUCUUUUUAAUUAUGUGAAAGGAAUUAGUCCAGUUUUGAAUGAUUGUCCUAGUAGAAAGAACAGUGGCCUUUUAGACGUGGUUUACGGGUUUGUAUCUUUCUGUGUAUCCAUCUUGCAAUUGAUAUUUGAUCUUGUAAAUAUAAUGGUGAGCUUGAUUAAGAUUGGAAUCACUAGUACUCAUCCUGCAUAACACUGGAUGAUUUGGAACUUGGAACGUAUGUGUGCACCAAAUAUUCUAGGUACUAUGGCUCACUUUAAAGCUUAGUCAAAGAUAGGUGGGAAAAUAUAGAUGAGAGAGAAGUUAGGGAUAUGUUUCCUUUAGUUAGAAUACUUCAUCUCCUUUUCUUGAUUACUUACUAAUAUUAAUUCUGGCAUCAUGAUUAACUGCAAUUUGAAAAUGUGUGCAUUACACCUACAAUAUUGCUGCUAGAUUGAUGUAAUUGUUAUGUCUAGGUUUAGAAUUUUAAGGUGCUUUCUAUAUCCUUCGGGAUCCUUUUGUCUUCUCACCACACCAUGAAGCAGUUCGAGAGCCUUUCGAUUACUAUAUAUUUGGUCUGAACUAUGUCCGUCCAUUGAUUGAUUUUGGGUAAGUUGUAAACUUGGUCUUACAAUCCUCACCUGAUCUGUUGUGGGCUACUGGUUUUGGUUACACUCUUUUUGAAAAAGUACAUGCCCUAGUUUGUCUACGUUAGGAAAUGCUUUUCAAGAAAUAAACCUGUUGGCCCUCAUGCUUGCAAAAUUGUGAUGGACUCAUGACAUUGGCUAAACAUAACUUGGUCUAUACUUUUCAAAUAAAGCUCGAAUCAUGAUUGAGCAUGGCAUUUUGCAAGGGUAGAUGCUAUUGGUUGCCUUUCUCUUGCUUCAUUAUUCAGGAAAAAGAAACUUUCUAUACGUGGUAUCACAGGUUGUUAGUUUUAAUUCUUUUGUUCACAUUUUUUUUUCUUAUGAUAUAUUUCACUCUUUUAUUGUUCAUGUUCUUAAUCUGGGCUGUUCAUGUGAUCAAAUCAAAUAUGUUCCGAAUGAUCAGAGCAGUUUUGAUACCGAAAGCAAUCUUUUCUAGUGAUCAAUUUAAACUACUUGUUAUAUUAACAGUGUCAGUUUUUUCUUGUAUGUUUGACCUUAGUCCUUGAGCUUGAUUCACAACUUUCUGCUGAAAUUCAUUAGUUGGUAACUUUUCACUGUUCAAGGAUAUCAAAGAGAAGCUUCAGCAGGCUAUUGCUGUUGUUGAUUAAGAUGGUCUUCCUGUGUUGGUCUCGCCCAUCUCCACUAGAACAUAAGGCUUGCAUUGACAGGUCUGGUUCCUUCAACUAUAGCAGCAAGUUUAGAGGAGCUACUGCUAAUCCCAGCUCUUCCCUUAAAGAAGACAAGGGGCUCCAACAGGAAGGUUUUCUUCUGAACCAUGCUCGUAUUUUGGUGGGAUCUGGUGUUGAGACUUAUGAAAAGGGGAAGAAAGCUCUUCAGAACUGGCGGCAUUUUGGAUUGAAUUGGGCAUUUGUCGAUUCCUCGACCCCAGUUAAUCCAGGAGUGAAGUUUUGUGUCUGUUCCAAGGAGUUCCUUCCAUGGGUGGUGAUGCCUCUCCAGAUUGUGUAUGUCAAUGAGAAUAGGGAUGCCAAAAUGGCUAGGACAUGUUUCAGUUUUGGCAGCGGUACCCUUCAAGGCCAUCUUCUGGCCGGUGAAGAACGGUUUUCAAUCGAGAUGGACAAGAACAACCAGGUGUGGUACGAAAUUCUUUCCUUCUCAAAGCCUGCACACAUAUUAUCGUUCAUUAGUUAUCCCUAUGUAAUUCUUCGCCAAAAGUAUUUUGCUCAUCAAUCUUCAAAUGCAGUUAAGAAGUAUUCGACUGCCAGCACCACUAAUUCCUCGUAACUCCCAAUGUAUGCAUAUUGGUAGACUUUAGCUUCUUUAUGCUCAUCAAUCUACUAAUUCAGUUCUAAGAUCAUCUCUCAAUUUGUAAAUUACUAGAUAUGACACUACUAAUUAAUUUUAAAUAACUAAUUAAUUAUUUCUCU